UACUCUGGAUGUGCUGCUCAGCUCUUUUUUUUUAUGUUCUUCAUGUCAGCAGAGUAUUUCCUCCUGACCAUCAUGUGCUAUGAUCGCUACGUGUCCAUCUGCAAACCCCUGCACUACGGGACCCUCCUGGGCAGCAGAGCUUGUGCCCACAUGGCAGCAGCUGCCUGGGCCAGUGCCUUUCUCAAUGCUCUCAUGCACACGGCCAAUACAUUUUCCUUGCCCCUGUGCCAUGGAAAUGCCCUGGGCCAGUUCUUCUGUGAAAUCCCACAGAUCCUCAAACUCUCCUGCUCACACUCUAGUCUCAGGGAACUUGGUCUUCUUGCUGUUACUGUCUUUUUAGGAUUUGGUUGUUUUGUGUUCAUUGUUUUCUCCUAUGUGCAGAUCUUCAGGGCUGUGCUGAGGAUCCCCUCUGAGCAAGGACGGCACAAAGCCUUUUCCACCUGCCUCCCUCACCUGGCCGUGGUCUCCCUCUUUGUCAGCACUGGCAUUUUUGCCUACCUGAAGCCCCCCUCCAUGUCCUCCCCAUCCCUGGAUGUGGCAGUGACAGUUCUGUACUCGGUGGUGCCUCCAGCCCUGAACCCUCUCAUCUACAGCCUGAGGAACCAGGAGCUGAAAGCUGCAGUCUGGAGACUGAUGACUAGACAAUAUAAGAAACAUUAAACUGCUGGACAGUUUCUGAAAAUAAUUUGUUAUAAAAGUUGUCUUUGAUA